UUCUCCUCUCUUGCACUCAACAGCAACAAGACCACGCCGCGCCCCCAGCAGCAAUGUCGGCAAACCAGACUGUGCGCAGCGCGCUCAUAGACAUGGGCGUCGACCCUGCACGUGCCCACGAGGCCGCGCUGCGAUACCAGUCUGUUGACGCGGCCGUCAACUGGGUCUUUGGCGACGGCGAGACGUGGAGACCACCGUCGCCAGAGGCCGACGUGCCGCUUUACUACGAGUCUGAGUCGUCGUCUGCUGUCGACGACGGCUCGGUCACCGUCACUCCCUUUACGACCGACGAAUACCCCGUCUCGUACACGGCGCCGCCUCCGCGGCCGAUCCUGCAGAGCAACAAUCCUUUCCAGAGCAAGAACCCUUUCCGGAACAAUGCAGUGCAGCCGUACACCACGAUCGAGGACGACAGCCUGCGCAAGGCCAUCGAGCUCUCCCAGCAGACGCCGAGCGCCGUAGAGGACCGUAGCGAGCGAGAGCGCAGUGUGCGCGCGUCGGCGCCGCCGCCUUCUCCCCGCCGCUUGGAUAACGACGACGAUGAGGUCGAACGCCUCGCCUUUGGUCCGAGCAACAAGGACGACCUUGAUGGCAAGCUGUCCCUUGUGCCUCUCUCGGGGGUUGUGAGUCUCAUGCCGAGUAGCAUGGCCGGCCAAAGUCUUGCUGACAGUCAGACCUCUACGGCCCAGGCCAACAAGGAGGAGGAGGACAUCCAGCGAGCAAUCCAAGAGUCCAUGAUGUCAGCCAGCCUGCACUCUGUUGGUUCGGCUGGAAACGACGACUUCCCUCCUCAGACUGCCCGGGCUCCAGGAGCGCCCGCCGUGUACAUCACCACCUCCAUGCCAUCAUACAGCGCCUACGUCCUUCAAGCCAUCGCUGCUGUUCCCCAGAUCCGCGAUGUGUUUUCCGUUAUCAGUGGGAAGGACGAUGAUAUGGAGGACCUCCAUCACCUCAAGCGAGUCCUCAAGCUGCAAGAGACGGCCGACGAAACCUAUGUCGACGUCAAUGAGGAUGUGCAGAGUAUCCUCAAGUCCUGGGACCUCUAUACCGAGUCACUCCCACCGUGGCGUGAGAUCUGUGAUGGGUGGCUGACGAACCUGUCCACUCUCUUCACCCUUUCUGCUGAAAAGGCGUCGCCUCUUAUCGACCUCGACGACUCGCUGGCAGACUAUUUCCGAAGGCCAGAACAGGUGCUGAGCACUCGUCUGAAUAUGCAGCCUCAUCGCGCAUUACACGUCGACUUUGAACGAACGCGGUCAGGUCCUUCCAACAUCCACGACCAACUUGCAAGCAUCGUCUGGUCGCCAGACACGCCAGAACAGAGUAUCCACUACCUUGCGGAUGUGGUGUUUGUCAACCUGAGACGCACGCCCGGCCUCAUUGUGGCACCUUGGCAGUGGGACGAGCAUGUGACGCUGGAUCGCUAUCUCACGCAAAACGUACGGUGGGCCACUCAGUCGCGUGCCGAGCAGGGCAUCGUACAGGGCGAGUUGAGACGAUUGAAGGAGGAGAUUGAGAACUUGACUUCGUUUAGGGGCAAUGCUGUCCCCGAUGCCAUCAAGACGUUGAUCAGCCAUCUGAAGUCGUCACCAUCAUCUGACGACGUUCAGGCGGCGUCUCGCGCCGAACUGACAGCAAAGCUCGAGCGCAUCUCAGAGGUGAUGAAGCUACGACUGGAAGAGCUGCAGGAACAGGUCAAGGAGCGCGAGCAAGCCGUAAAGGGCGGCGUCUUCAACACCAAUGACCCCGAGAAGAACCAGCACAAGUACUCUCUUCGGGCGAUUCUCUGGCAUGACGGUUUCACUACACCAGGGCGUCACCUGUACACCUACGUCAAAAACAAUGGCGAAUGGUGGAAGGUCCAGGACUACGAGGCUACUCUUACAAACUUUGAGGCUAUCAAGAAUGACAACACCGGGUUGUUCACCGACGGCGGCCCUGCCCUUCUGAUCUAUUCUCGGGAUGGUCCAAGACCACACGAGGCGUACGAGUUGAGCCCUUCGCCAGAAAGCGACUCGCCGCUGCUCGCCCCCACGGACGUUGCCAACAGUGAGAUGGAUACACCAACUUUGAACGCUUCACAGGCGGACACGCUCGACACUCUGGAUACCCUGGAUACGUUGGACAGCAGCACCGACGCAUCGGUCUCUGGUCAUGCCGCCAGUGACGCGAUGGACAUCGAGGACGGUGAUUCUGCGGCUCCGGAGGUUGAAACGCCAACAGCCGCUGCCCCAGCCGCCGCCCCUCCUCCUGCUGCGGUACCUGCCGCAGCUCGCAAGUCGUCGUCUCUUCUUGUGGACUUGGAUGAGCCAUAAUGUAUCACAGCCUCUCAACACUCCCCAUCUGUCAUAGAACUCCUUAUCAUGUUGGCCUAUGUCAACACAGCAUGCAUCUGCCGUCGGCGC